AGCAGCAUUUACCAAAAUAAAAGUCUUUACCUUUUUACAUAAACCCAAAAUCUGAAACUGAACUGAACACUUAAGAACAUAAAUUAGUAAAAACAAAACACUCUUUAAGGAUCCUUUACAGAUACAUCCAACUAUCGCUGAGUCAUCAGAAAAUUUCUGAAGGUGGCAGGUCUCAGUCCGAUAGCUGAAGUCCGUGGUGUAGAGGGUGAAGAGGAAGGGAGAGAGAACAGUUCCCUGUGGUGUUCCGGUGUUGCUGAUCACUCUGUCCGACACACCGUGCUGCAGGCGCACGUACUGAGGUCUGCCGGUCAGGUAGUCUGUAAUCCAGGACACGAGGGGGGUGUCCACCUGCAUCGCUGUCAGCUUCUCACCCAGAAGAGCCGGAUGAAUUGUGUUGAAUGCACUGGAGAAGUCAAAAAACAUGAUCCUCACCGUGCUGGCUGGCUUGUCCAGAUUCUAAUGAAAACAUGACUAAAGAGACAAAUGACGUAAGUUCCAGUAAUUCGUCUUCACCCCAGGACUCGCCAGAGAUGGAUCGGAACCCCUCGCCUCCUCCAGAGGGAGAUGAUGAGGCUGAUGAAGAGGCUGAUGCUAUUGGAGACACUGUGUAUAGCAAGCAUUGGCUCUUUAGCACCUUAACCCACCUUAUUCAGGUGGUAACAGAACAGCAGUCCAGACCAGAUGAUCGCUCACAAGAACUGUCUGAUGAGCAUGAGCAGGAGUUGUGUAAAGUGUGGGACAUGGCCAUGGACAAGGAUGUUGCUGUUUUUUUACUGGAGUUCAAAGCUCCAGAAAUUUUGCUGGGAGUGAUUGCUAAGUCACACAGUCCACGUCUUACUGAAAUUUGUAUCGGGAUUCUGGGAAAUAUGACCUGUUUCCAUGACACGUGUCUGUCUAUCAGUCAAAAUGCUGAACUAGGUGCUGUGCUGUUGUUACUGCUGGGUGACAAUGACCCGCCAACACUGUUAGAGACAUGCAGGCUUCUACUGACCUGCGUGUCUCAACCUGAUGUUGCUCCCUUGUGGUUGGAAAGGAUAAGGCAGGAGACAGCCACACUCUCAAAUCUUUGUUUCAUCAUGCGCAGUUCCACUAAUGCGGACUUGUUGCUGAAGGUGGGAGAGCUGGUUGAUAAGUUGUUUGAUGAGGAUGAAGAGUUAAUGAAGACCUGGCUGACUGGGCCACCCACUGAGGGUGAUGGGGAUGAGGACACACACCAGGAUAUUGCUUCUUCCUUGCUGGAGGCUGCUGUGCAGCUGAGGAGGGAAAAUCCAAAUGCUCUUGAGGUGUAUUUCCAUGCUCUUCAACUCCUUACUACAGUAGAUGAAGGGCUGCAAAAUCUUGUAUCAGAUGCAGGCUGUGGUGGUGAAGUGUGGAACAUGGUAUGUGAAGUGAUGUGUGAGGAUUUGUGCCAGCCAGAUGAUCCUCCUCUCAUCCUGCAGGAGCAGAAGGGUGUCCUGGCCCCUGGCCUCGCUUUGUUGUCAGCCUUAUACUCCAACCGUCGGACAGACUUCGGUUCAGCCUUGGUGGCAAGCCUUCUUCGUAUCCUUCACUUUUAUAGUGAGACUCAACAGGUGCUGUCUAAUGCGGAGUCAGAACACAAACAGACAGAAGAAUUGAGGGAUGAGGAGAAAGACACACGGCUCCAGAUUUUGGCUGAAAUAGCUGCUGAGUUCCUUUCUGCGGUACUGACAAAUUUGUCCAUGGACGAUGUGUUGGAGUUGCUGAAAAUAGAUCAUCUUAAUGAGAAGAUCUGGGUUUCUGCUAUAAGGGUGCUGCUGCCUCAGUACAUCUCAUCUGUGCAGUGUGUAGUUUCUACAUUGUCAAAAGUGGAGCCUAAACUGGCAGACAUUAUAAGCAGGCAGUGUUCCAUCACACUAGAAACAAACGGCACCAAACCAGGCUAGACCAAACAUACCUAACUCUUUGGACUACUCCCUUUAUUCUUUGUCAGUCUUUGAAAGCUGAUGAAUACAGGGCUGCAUACUCAGCUCUUUUGUAUUUAGUGCCCAGUUUUAAUGAGAACUGCACCACAUUUGUUUUUACAUUUUAUGUUUAUAUUGAUUUUGUGUAUGUUUGUGUGUAUUUGUCAU